AGGCUGCGUUCAGUUCGUGCUAAGACGUGCGUGCGGCAGGAACAACUCGCCACUCGAGGGCUCUGCCAGCGCCAAGCUAACCUCUCUCACAGCGGCCAAUUGCCUACAAAAAGAGUGUUAGUAAGCCAGUGAAUGUGGCAUUGGCUGUGGCCGUGUUGUGCGCGAAAUACGUUCAGGUGCCAAAGUGGCUUGGACAACUGGACGACAGCGAGUCGAGUGUUUCUCUGUGUAUGUGCGUGUGUGUGUGUGUGUGUGCUUAAGUGUUAAGGUGUGAGCAGCAUAUUAUUUACCAAAUACUUACAAGUGCUUCACGCGGCUAACGAAACUUUGCCUAAAGGAUUAAAGUAUCCAGAGCAGUAGUUGGACGAGUCAAAGGAUAUACAAAGCAAACCAAAAGAACGUGAAACAGAUGCAGCCCGCGGGCUUUAAGGGACUUAACUCUAAUUAAAAAGCAUUUCGCGUUUGUGUUUUUGAAUUAAAUAUAAUAAUAAAAAAAAUUAAAAGUAAAAUAGAAAUAUGAAUAAUUAAUUUGAAUAACAAAUCAACAUUAAUUCAAAAAUGUGUUUCAUAUCAGCGCGCUAAAUGUUUAAGGGAUUUGCGACUUCAAUUCCUUAAGUAGUGCUUGGCCAAGUGUUUACAAUUUUGGGCAUGCGGCUGCUGCUACCACAACUGUUGCAUGCAACAUGGAUGGCGAAAAUCGGAUUAUAUUAAAUGUGGGUGGAAUUAGAUAUGAAACCUACAAGGCGACGCUCAAGAAAAUACCUGCAACGCGCCUCUCACGCCUGACCGAAGCCCUGGCUAAUUAUGAUCCGGUGCUCAAUGAAUAUUUCUUCGAUCGUCAUCCCGGCGUCUUUACACAAAUACUCAAUUAUUACAGAACUGGCAAACUGCAUUAUCCCACAGACGUGUGCGGUCCGCUAUUUGAGGAGGAACUUGAGUUCUGGGGCCUCGAUUCGAAUCAGGUAGAGCCAUGCUGCUGGUCAACUUAUAGCAUACAUCGCGAUACGCAAAACACCUUAGCUAUAUUAGAUAAACUAGAUAUUGAAAAUGAGAAACCCACGGAAGAGCAAAUAGCGCGUCUAUUUGGCUUCGAGGAGGCUUUAAGCAACGGCGAGCUUAACUGCUGGCAACGUCUCAAGCCCAAGAUCUGGGCCAUGUUCGAUGAGCCCUCUAGCUCAACGGGCGCUAAGUUUGUUGCUGGCAUGUCGGUAUUCUUUAUAUUUGUUUCUGUGAUAUCAUUCUGCCUGAAAACCCAUCCUGGUUUUCGCGUGGACCUGCCCACCAGCUACAGCGGCUCCGCUGGCCACGAUCCGCUUGCAUCGCCCAUACCUCAGCAACAGUCGCAGCUGCAUCAGCAGCAGCAUCAGCAACAUCAAUACCAUCAGCAUAGUAUAACGCCACCUAGCGGCAGUAUCGGUCCCACAUUUCGUGUUACGAACUAUACGAGCUACAGCAGCGGCAAUCUGAGCGCUGCCCAAGCCACGCCCAUAGCCAGCAUGAAGGGGCGACAGCGUCUGAAACGUGAUCUCAAUACGACCUUCAAUGAGUUUUUCGAACAAAAGCUUCUGGGUAACGAUGGGGGACAACAACAUGGCUGGGUCGAGACCUAUGGCCAGCCACAUAAGGCGUUCUUCUACGUGGAGCUGGUUUGCAAUGUCUGGUUCUUCAUCGAGGUGGUCAUUAGGCUCAUUGUCUCACCCAAUCUGUGGCAGUUCAUCAAGUCACCGGUGAACAUAAUUGAUUUCACGGCCACGCUCAGCUUUUAUACGGAUGUUAUGCAACGCAUGGGUGAAUAUACGGGCCUGCUGGAGGCCUUCUCCAUAGUGCGCAUUAUGCGUCUCUUCAAGCUGACACGUCACUCGCCCGGAUUACGUAUACUCAUACACACAUUCAAGGCCUCGGCCAAGGAAUUGACGCUGCUUGUGUUCUUUCUCGUUCUGGGCAUUGUCUUCUUCGCCAGCCUGGCGUAUUAUGCUGAAAAAUUGCAGGACAAUCCAGAUAAUCAAUUCAAGAGCAUACCACUGGGCCUAUGGUGGGCUAUCGUCACGAUGACCACAGUGGGCUAUGGCGAUGUGGCGCCCAAGACCUAUCCGGGCAUGUUUGUUGGUGCACUGUGCGCCCUAGCUGGCGUGUUGACCAUAGCCCUACCCGUACCUGUUAUCGUUAGCAACUUCUCCAUGUUCUAUUCGCACACGCAGGCCCGUUCCAAGUUGCCCAAGAAACGUCGCCGAGUUUUGCCCGUGGAGCAGCCGCGUCGCAAACGUGAGCCGCCGGCGCCGCAUCGCGGCCGCACGAACGCCAUCAAGCAGACGACGCCGACGGUGGGGGGUGUGGUUGGCGCACAUACCACGCUGCAAACGCCCGCGCCCAUGUUUAAGGAUGCGUUUGGUAGCGCCAAAAUUGGCAAUGUGAACGGCGUGAAUGUCAUUGGCCUGCAUCUGCACAGGGCACCGCCGCCAGCGAGCUGCGCGGCCAACUGCCACGCCCAUACGCCGGCAUACGCCCACAGUCACGGCCAAGCUGCGAGUCAUGGCCAUUGUUCACAGACGACGCUGACGCUGACGCCGACGCCGACUCCGCUGACGACGCCGUCGAUGACGCUGACGACGACAUUGAAUGGCUGCUACACAGCAACGGCAACAACAACAACAAUAACAACAACGACUAUGACGACGUCGCUGCCGCUGUCGGCCACUGCCUCUGCCGCUGCUGCGGCUGCUGCUGCCGCUGCCGCUGCCGGCCCCUCGUACAUCAGUUCGGACUACUUAAGUGUGCCCGCCGUGCAGAGCCUGCAGCCGAGGGCGGCAACAACCGGACACGACUUCAUGCUGCCGCUCCAGCCGAAACCUGCCGUACCCCUGGAACGCAAGGAUCAGCAUCCUCUACAGCUGACCGCCCACAAUUUGGCCUCCGAUACGCAACAGCUGUAUGGCAGCCACGGCCACAGCCCCAAAGUGGGCACCGCGCUGAGUGUGCCGCCCACCAUCAGCAUGACGCACACUCAAAUGCCGCCGGGCAUGGCCAGCAUGGGUCAGCGCACACCGAAUCUCAGCUACCGGGCCACACACACAUAUACGCAUGCGCCCAUACAGCAGCCCAUACCGCAGCACUAUCAGCAGCUGGAGUCGUCCUCCACGUCGAACAACUGCAACAUCAAGAUCUCCGUGGCAGGCGCCUCGGCCCCAACAUGUGCCGACGCACAUGGCCAGAGCAUGGCGCCCAAGGUGACGCUGCUGGACGAUCUGAGCGAUGAGAUCAACUCAUCGACAGAUGACUGCGCCGAGUGCUGCCUGGUGGAUGACAGCGAUACGUACGAGACCAGCAACAACAAUGGCGUCUCCUGCGGCAAUCGGCAGGCCCAGCCGGAGGAGGAGAGCGCCACGGCUGAGGACAGCGGCGACAGCUCUGGCGGCAUUUACGUUGGCCCCAAGCAUUGAUUAUUGGCCAUCAAGUGGGAAUUUCCCUGCUAGUCGAGCGCAUGAAGGCAAUGGCUAAACAAGAACGUGUUUAUACCCUCCUGGCACAAUAUGUAUGCGUUUUUAAUAUAUAUUCAUAAUGUUAUGGGUUGUCCAAAUCAAGAUCUAAAAUUGAAGUUGAAAUAUAGCGAAAUGUAGGAUUAAGUUGAAUAGUAAUCUCUAGAUGAAGAUUAAAUAUUAAAUUGAAGGUGAAGACACAA